GCUGGUGGUGUGUGUCAUACUUGUCAUACACGCACGCAAGCUCAUUCACGAUUGCAAGUUGCUGAGGCCUGCUGCUCUCCAGCUGUUCUUCUCUCUCAUUGUCACACUCGCGAAUAGGAAGCAGCACGAAAAACAUGAAAAAAAUAAAUAUUUGAGUUUUUGACUUGUACGUUUUUUAUCCAAUAAAUUUAGAGUUUGUGCGAAAUAACAUAUUGAUCGAUUCAAUUGAACGUUAAGAUAAAAAGUUGCAUUAUCUCGUUUGAAUUGAAUUAUCCGAGUGCAUGGAAUAAUACAACGUAUUUAGCGAAGCGACAAGUAGGCUAUAAAAAUGCAACCUCAAUUGGGGCCCGUGACACCAAGGAAAUUGCCAGUUUUUGUCUUUCCACAAAACAUAACGUUCUUUCUCGACGAUCAGUUGUCUCACAAACAAGUUCUUACGCUCUACAAUCCUUAUGACUUUCCAGUUAAAUUUAAGGUACUAUGUACAGCUCCGAAUAAAUAUAAAGUGAUGGACCCAGAAGGCACUAUUAAAUCACGCUGCUGCGUCUACAUACUAAUUAGACACACAGCCUUGAUGAUAGCCAAUUGCAACAUUAUAGACAAAUUCAGGGUACAAAUGCAGGAGCAUCCAAACAAGCAGGCUAUAGGUUGGAGAGACGUUGAGGCGAGGCUAUUAAAUGGAACAAAGGAUAGCACAGGACGAAGUACUCCAGAUCCAGGUCAAUUUCAACAACUUCCAGCACAAGAGACUAGACAGCAACGGUCAUAUGCUCUGUUGACACAAAAUCGAAGUUCACAUAAAACAGCCUUGGCGAUUUUAAAUAAAACCACUGAUCUGAAUAAGUCAUUGAGCGAAGAAAGGUUGGAUAAAAGUAUGCUUAGAAUGAGGCAUUACCAAGAUUCCCAAUGCGUGCUCGUGGACAAAGGAGGAACGAAUUUUGUGGCACUAAUAGCUGGAAUCGUGUGUAUAAUUGGUUUGCUCUUACCAACCGAAGGCGAUCACAGUCCGAAGAUACCGGAUUACCUUCAUCUUUCCAUAAACUUCAAACUUAUAUUUGCCUUUGUAUUAGGUAUGGUUACAAUCAUUGUUCUAAGGUUGUAGUUUUCGAUCUUCGAUACCAUAGAACAAUUGAUGAAUUGAAAUAUUCCAGGUACGGGUCACACGCACAAUUUUACGUGAAAGUUUUUUUCGACAAAAUAUAAUAUUCUUUGCGUUUUGCGUUGACUACACCGAUUGAAUAUAUAUCUACCUGAUGCUAGUCUGUAAAAUCAUAAGCUCGUUCAAUAACGCGCGAAAAAAGCACUGAUUUACUACUAUCACCUAAUUCUGUUUCUGUAUCUUUACGGAACUCAAAACUAUAUAUAUACAUCAUUAUAUAAACAUUUCUUUUUAUGUAAAUCAAUAUUAUACAGUAUUUUUUCUUUCCAAUGAUAAUGCCGUGCUUUUUUAUGUCCGCAUUAGAAAUUGUGCCGCGUACUUUUGUAUAUAAAAACAGGGAAUGUUUUUAAAACGGGAAUGUCUGUGGAAUGUAUUUUUGCUUCCUUUUUUUUUCUAAGAAAUGUAUAACGAAAUUUGUACUAUAAAAGGACGAUGGGUUGUGCAACAAAAGAAAGAAUAGUUGCUUUUCA